AUGUCGGAGCCCUUCAGCAGCGCUGUACGUCUGGGGGCUCUAGAUGACUAUCUAAGCCCCGCACAAGAGUGCGUAUUGCCUCUGCUGCAUGCAACUCCAGCAGCAGAACAAACAAACAAUGCAGCAGCAGCAGUAGCAGCAGCAGGUGCUGCUGAUGCUGCUGAUGCUGUCGUUGGCGCCCGCCCGAGGACGGGGGCAGCUGCGAGGCGCCGGAGGGCCCAGCAGCAGCAAGCAGCAGAAAAGUCUCAGCCCGCUGCAGCACCAGCAGCAGCAGCAAAUGCAACAGCAGCAGGAAAAGCAACUGCUGCAACUGCAGCAGCUGCUGCAGCAGAAGCUGCUGCAGCUGCUGCACAGUCGCCCGAUAAUACGCAGCAGCAAACAGCAGCCGCAUCCGUCGAUCCAGCGGCGCAAGAGAGAGCCCCAGAAGCAGCAACAACAGCAGCAGAAGCAGCAGCACCAAAUGCAACAGCAGCAGCAGCAGCAGAAGCAGCAAAACCAACAGCAGCAGCAGCUAAUGGAGGCAUGACGCGUGUCGGGAAGAUAUCUCUCUCUGACUGUCUGAGUUGCAGCGGCUGUUUAACUUCUUCUGAGGGGAUUCUACUGAGUCAUCACUCUACUGAUAAGCUGUUUGCUUUAUUAUCUAGUAAACGCAUUUGGGGUGUACAUACACCUGAAAAUACGGGGCCUUGUCUGGUUGCGGUGUCUCUAAGCAGCCAGUCUGUUGCUGCAGUUGCGCAUCACUUCAGAUGUUCUGCUGCUGCUGCUGCUGCACGUCUUUCUUAUCUCUUCCGCUGUCUGGGCGCUGACUUCGUCUUUUCUAUGUCUGCAGCAGAGGCGGUGGUGCUGCUGGAGACGCAAAAGGAAUUCGUAGGGAGGCUGCGACAGCACCAGCAGCAAAUCCUGAGCAGACAGCAGCAGCAGCAGCAGCAGCAGCAGCAGCAGGAGCAGCAGGGGCAUCGUGCUGCUGCAGCAAAACCGGCCAAAGAAGCCACAGCCACAGCAACAGCAGCAGCAGAAUCAUCAUCAUCAGCAGCAGCAGCAGCAGCAGCAUCAGCAGCAGCAGCAGCAGCAGCAUGCUGUGUGGGGAGUAGUCAGGAGUCAUUGUUGAAUGCUGUGUUGCCCUCUGCAGGCCCCUUACCACUGCUAACUUCGUUUUGUCCUGGUGUUGUGCUGUAUGCAGAAAAAAGUUUAGCAGCCUCUCUUCUUUGUUUUCUUUCUCGUAUUCGUAGCCCGCAGCAGCUCCAGGGUCUUCUCUGCAAGGCAGCACUAAGAACUGCUGCUGAUGCUGCCUCGUUCCUAUUGGCUGUUAAAGCUCAUGCAUGGCCCCCAAAUGCUGCUGCUGCUGCUGCUAAAGGGGCUGCUGCUGCUGCUGCUCCAGGAGCUGCUGAUGCUGCUGCUCCGGGGGCUGCUGAUGCUGCUGCAGGGGCUGCUGUAGACGGUGCUGCUGCUGCAGGGGCUGCUGCAGGUGCUGCUGCUGCAGCGGGCAAUGCACGCAGCAGAGAGAGGAAGGGAUCGCCUCCAUGGAGCCUCCUGCGUUUGCUGCUGCGGCGGUCGCCUUAUGGGUGCUACGCAGAAGACGCUGCUGCUGCAGCAGCCGCAGCAGCAGCAACAACAGCAGCACCACCACCAUCAACAGCAGAAGCGCAAGCAGCAGCAGCAGCAAGACCACCAGAAACAGCAGCACCAGGAGCAACUGGAGAGACUGCUGCGCCUGAAGGAGGAGCUGCUGCAGCGAAAGAAUCAGCAGCAGCAGCAGCAGCAGCACCCAGCAGCAGACAGCGUAUGGGUUUAGGCCCUGAGGACAUCCUACACAUUUGCUUGAUGCCGUGCUACGACAAAAAGUUAGAGGCAGCUCGUCCAGACUUCGAGCACAACAAGAAGCAGCAGCAGCAGCAGCAGCAGCAGCAGCAGCAGCAGCAGCAUGAAUCUUCUUUAUGUGCUUCAAGGUUUGCUUUUGGUGUUGGUGGAGGUACGUGGAGCGAGGUAGAUAUCGUCUUAACAACUGCAGAGCUGCCGCUGCUGCUGCAGGCUGUGGGGCAGUCCUUCGGCUCUCUGGGGGCUGCGCCUUUAGACUGUCUGCUGCAGCAAAACGCAUUGAAACUGGCAGCACACAGUCUGCAUCAAGCAGCAGCAGCAGCAACAGCAGCAGCAGACGAAGAAGCGGCGGCAGCAGCAACGAGCACUGGACGGGGUGGCGCUCCUGCUCCUGCUGCUGCUGCUGCUGCUGCUGCAACUGCAGCAGCAAAUGAAUCUGCACAAGCAGACCUCAAACUGAGGAUGGCGUCUCGUGCGUCAAUUGCUGCAGCGAAUUUGUUAUUAUCUUCUUCCCUUUCUUCUUCUUCUUCUUCUUCUUCUUCUUCUUCUUCUUCAUCUUCUUCUUCUUUUACUUGUAGGUCAUGUGGUGAUGGCGGCUUUAAUAACUGCUGUACACACGAAGACGCCCAGUUGGGGUGUACGUCCAUCUCGCGCCCCACAGCUGUGCUGGCCGGCAGCGGAGGGUACUUAGAGUACAUUUUUCUUCAGACUGCUAGGGGCGUUUUCAAGCAGCAGUUUGCUGCUGCUGCUGCUGCUUCUGCUGGUGCUGGGGGUGCUGCUGCUGCUGCUGCUCUUCCAGAAUUCAUUAAGGGGCCCAAUGAGGAGCUGCAGGCAAUCGCGCUCUUCCCUCCGCAUUCUGCUUCUUCACCUGCUGCUGCUGCUGCAGCUGCUGAUGCUGCAGCGGACAGGGCUAUCGACGUGGGAGGGCGCAGCAGCAGACGCCGGGGGCUCUGGAACGACAGCCGCCCCGCGCUGCUGCGGGGGGCCUUUGCUUUUGGGUUUCGUAAUAUUCAGAAUGUUGUGCAUCUGCUGCGGCAGCUGGUUCCUGCUGCUGCUGCUGCAGGCGACGAAGCAGAUCCUCUCCACCCUUCACUCAAAAACAGCAUCCGCAGCAGCAGCAACAGCAGCAGCGGCAGCAGCAGCAGCAUCAGCAGGUUAGGGGGUCGCUUUGAGGGCGGGGCUGGGGGCCCUGAGGAUAUUGGAGGCCUCAUUCCCCACAUUAUUGAAAUGGGGGCGUGCCCAGGGGGCUGUCUGAACGGAGGCGGCCAGGUGAUAGACAAAGUAGAAGAAGCAGCACCUCCACUGGCUGUAGGAGGGGCCCCAGGGGCCUUGCUGCUGGGUGCUGCUGCUGCUGGGGAGGGAAAGGAAGCUGCUGCAGACAGAAAGAGUCGCAUGCGCACCGGUGAACAGCAGCAGCAACUGCAGCAGCAGCAGCAGCAGCAGAAACAGGCGACAGCAGCAGGUGCUUCUGCUGCUGCUGCAGAACCAGUGAUGGUGGGGAGGAAGCGAGAGCCUCUUCAUAGCAUUACGCAGCUGCUGCAUAGAGACUUCCCUCUGGUGCUUCCUCAUGAGCACCCGCUGCUGCUGCCUGUAUAUCUGUUUCUGUUUAGCUGCUGCUACGGCGUGGAGAACGGCCUGGAGGCUGCUGCUGCACUGGGGGAAUUCGAAUAUGUGCUGCAGCAGAAAGGCGUACGAGAAAAGCUGCAGCAGCUGCUGUGUACAGACACCGCAGCAACGCCGCUGCCAAUUCAUAUUUGGCUGGCCCCCAGAAUUACAGAGGGGCUGCGCACGCAAUUUACACCUAAAAAGAAAACAGAUAAAAGCGGAAAGGGGUCAGCAGCCCUUACAGUCGCAGACCUCAAGUGGUGA